AUGCUGCACGGUCUCUACGGUUACAUCUUCGGCGCUGAAGAUUCCAACGAUUCCCAGGCUUCCAAUGACAGCGAGACGUCGUCGUUGGGUCCGGCCGGGAAGGUGACCGAGGACGACUGGUGCCUGGUUGACGAUGCGGCAUCUGGUCGCAGUUCUCCGGAAUUGAUCCCCAACCCGGAGCUGCGUGACAUCGACCAGCUGUCGUUCGCAUCGAAAAAGGUGAAGUCAGCGCCACCACCUACGGCCGAAGAAAUUCGACGAAGCGAAGAAUUACGGCAGGCGAAAGCCGCCAGUGCGCAUCGACUCCAAUUGGAACGAGUG